UUCAUUUACCACCAUCACUACUCUUAUUGUCGCCCAACGUAGUCGUAGAGCCAUGAUGAACUGAGCUGCCGAGGUCCAUUGGGCCCUCCCCUACUCAGUAACGUUUACCCAACGUCCAACAUGGAAUCUACAGAGGAAUUACAGAAGAACGAACUCACUGCUCUGCAAUCCAUCUACGCCGAAGAUUUUCAAUUAAUACCACCCUCGAAGGCCUGGAAAGGCGCGGCCAGUUUACCAGAAAUUUCUAUCCGAGUACGCCAUCCGGAGCGCGCGAACAUUGGCUUCGAUUUGAAUGUCAAAUUUCCUAAAACAUAUCCUACUCUCACAUAUCCCAACUUCACCGUUCAGAAACCACGCGGCUUGGACCAUGAUCAAGUAACGAAAUUGUCCCAUGCUCUCCAGAAUGAGGUCAGAGCAUCCCCACGGACUGAAAUGGUAUUUCAGAUAGUCACAUUCUGCCAAGAAUGGCUGAAUGAGAACGUCACAGCGCCUGCAGAGGUCAUCGGGUCGUUGGCAGUGCAGAUGAGACGAAGAGCGGCGGAAGAAGAACGAGCCAGACAAGAACAGGCUGAACGCGAGGCGAAGGAAAGAAAGCAACGAAUGGACAAAUUGGCUCAAGAAUUCGACGCCGACGUUCAAAAGCAACAGCAGCUAGCUAAAGAGCAGCAUCGAACUCGUCAGCGUGCGAAUUCUGAGGCCACCGAAGUCCCAUAUUCCAGUGAUACCCCCACCGAAACGUUUGACGAGGACAUUGAAAUGAAUGAUAUUCGUUUCAAUACCGUCAAGUUCUUCCAUCCACGAAAUGCUUAUCUGGGCACCAUAUAUGGCGCGGAUCCCGUGUGCGAUGAUGUCAACGCUACCCUCCCACUUGAACUCCAUGUCAUCACUUUCGACUCCCACUAUUACACGACAAGCCAAGGCAGGAAGAAGGUCAAACAAGUCGAGGAAGAAAUUACUAAGCUAAAGUCUGUCCGCCAUCCCAAUGUCGUUAGAGUAUUGGCUGUCAAAUUGAAUGCCCCACAUUCGAGCGGGGCCCCGCAGCUGGUUAUCUUGCUGGAACAGAGUCCAGCCCUUUCUCUGAAAGAUGUACUAGAUGACUGUGACUCUCUUCGGGAAGACCGUGUUUCGGACUACACUGCCCAAAUCCUCUCUGGACUCAAUGCUAUCCACGGAUGCGACUUAGUGCAUCGAGGUAUUAGUGCGACAUCUAUCGGUCUGGUCUCUGGAAGUUGCCCCUCCCAAUCGAAGCUCAUCAAGAUCAGCAAAGUUGGAUACUACACGCGAUUACUGGACUUGCACCGAUCGAAUGCUUUCGGCUACGUGAAUCCUCCAGAAGAACGUAUCAUGCCAGAGGCUUGGUUAUCAAAAGACGCCAAGAAUGAAUCUCUACUAUUAUAUACUCGUGAACGGGAUAUACAUGCUGUUGGUGUCAUCCUCCUUCAGAUGGUCCUUGGUCUCGAUGUGACCGAACGAUUUGUUGACGUCCAUACCGCCCUUCGAUCUUCAACCAUACCACCGUCGUUGCAGCGGCAUGUCAUGAAUAUGCUUGUUCCUCCUAAGAAGAGUCACAUCACUUGUUUGUCCCUCUUGGCUGGUCUUGCGGAUUCAGCGUUGCAUCGCACGCACCGAAGUCUUUCAAUAUCUAUGUCUGAGCCCAAAACGCCGUUGCAUGCAUCUGUUUCGGGGUCGCCUGAAUUCGAUUAUUUCAGAGGACCGACGUAUCGACAGGCUAGCCGUUGGAAAGAAGAUUGGGAGGAAUUGGAACUUCUGGGAAAAGGAGCUUUCGGCUCUGUCGUUAAAGCUCGUAAUAGGAUCGAUAACCGCGUCUAUGCCGUCAAGAAAGUCCGCUUACGAACCUUGCAAAGCGACACCAAGAUUUUCCGGGAGGUAAAUGCCCUCAGUCGACUGAACCACCGCUUCAUUGUGCGGUACUACACCACCUGGGUCGAAACUGCUGAAUCCACAUCAACCGCGGCGUCCGACGAGUCUGGAUCCGAAUCUGAGUCCUAUUCUCAGUCUAAUGGCACUGAAAACGGGAUGACUUCUGUCCCUUCGAGGAUUCAAUCCCGUGAGCCUAGUGGGCCAAUUAUAUUCAAUAUGGACGACCUUGACGACUUGGGUGGAGCAUCGAGGGGAAGUUUCCCUAGUAUACAUUUUACUGGUUCAUCAGAGUCGCAGGAUGAUACGGAUAGCGAUAAUGACAGUCCGUUUGAGGGGUUGUUCAGGAAGGCGGGCGAUGAGGAUGGCGCAGGGUUGGGGUCGGUGACCCCCCCAUUGACUGUGCAGAGAACGCUCUAUAUCCAGAUGGAAUUUGUGGAGAGGCAGACUUUGAAAGAGAGGAUCGAUGAAGGAGUAUCAGAGUCUGAGGCGUGGCGGCUGUUCCAGCAAAUUGUAGAUGCACUGGUGCAUAUGUCAACUCUUGGCAUCAUUCAUCGCGAUAUCAAACUGACCAACAUCUUCAUCGACGCGAAAGGCGACUGCAAGGUUGGUGACUUCGGUUUAGCCACGUCUAGUCUCGCGGCAGUAGACCCAUCGGAUGUUUCGCCACGGGUGGUUACACAAGAAACCGACAUGACAUUGGAAGUCGGAACGCGCUUGUAUAUUGCCCCAGAAGUCCAAUCGCGACGCAGGAGACCAACUAAUCAUACCAAAGCUGAUAUGUAUAGUCUGGGGAUUGUAUUCUUCGAGAUGAACUAUUCUUUCUCGACAGGCUCUGAACGUAUCAGUGUCAUCGAGGCAUUGAGGCGCCCCGAAAUCGUCUUCCCGGAUUCAUGGGAUUCUUUGAGGUUGCCUCAGCGUGAAAUUAUAACCUGGCUGUUACAGCAUGAACCUGACGAUCGACCUACGGCAUUGGAAUUAUCGCAGAGUCCCUUGCUUCCCUCGAGACUCGAAGAUGAAUACUUUAAGGGUGCGCUGAAGAUGAUGACGAAGCCGGAUUCGCCGCAUCAUCAAGCCGUCUUAGCUUCCUUGUUCAAACAGUCGCCUCGACCGGUCCGAAGUUUUCUAUACGACCAUGAAGCUGAACUGCCGGAACACGCAUCGCUGAACGGAAUGGUUCAAGAUCACCUCACAGCAAUAUUCAGGCUACGCGGUGCUGUUGAUAUGGAGCCUCCAUUAUUGAUGCCCAUUACAUCGACGGAGGACGAUAAAGACCACGCAGUCUUUAUUGACCGACACGGGGAUAUUGUGAAGCUACCAUCUAGCCUUCUUGUUACGUUUGCAAGACUUGCGGCUCGCGGAGGUAUCACCAGGAUCAAACGCUUCCAUAUCGCCGAUGUGUAUCGCCCUCAAGCAGUGGCUGGACAUCCAAGACCUCAUAAAGCCGCUGUAUUCGAUAUCAUUACGCCUGACCUGAUGUCAGGGCCUGUAGCUGCAGGUGCUGAAAUUCUUGCCGUAGCGGAUAAUUGCCUCGACACUUUCCCUAGUCUUGCCCAGAUGUAUGAGAUUCAUGUUUCUCAUUCGAAUAUUGUCGACGCGGUUUUCAGUCGUUUGCCUGCUGCACAUAAGAGCGCGAUUACGGAAAUCAUUACUCAGCCAAAGGCAUCUGCAUCUCAGAAGAGGGCAUUGUUCUUGAAGAAGGGACUCCUGAGAAGCACUGCCGAUGAGCUAGAAGUUCUCAGCGAUACUUACGAGGAUGUGGAACCAUUGCUCAUGAGGCUAGACAAGCUCUCAUCGCCUCUUCUGGAAAUGAUACGUCCAGCGAUCGAAGAAAUCAAGACGGUGGUGAAGACUGCUUCUCUCGCCGGUGUUUCGAGGCCGAUCAAGUUCUAUCCAUUGAUGGUGGGAAACCAUCUCAAGGACUUCAAGCACGGUAUCCUUGUGGAGGUUGUCAGACGAAGCAAGCGUAUUGAACUCCUCGCAGCGGGUGGAAGAUAUGACAACUUAAUUACGAAGUUCUCCCCUCCCAAACCGACCGCAGAGUCAAUUCAUGCCAUUGGACUACAGAUUGCUAUCGACAAGAUCACUGCAGCUGUUGCAUCAUUCCAGAGUUCUUCCGUCAAGUCUCUUCUCAAAGAGGCAAAGUCUUUCGGAUACUGGAGUCCACGACGAUGUGACGUGUAUGUGAUCUCCUAUCAUCCUGGGUAUCUUCAGGACCGACUGGAGCUUGCAUCGUAUCUGUGGAGACAUAACAUCAGCACCGAUGUUAUGUAUGAAUCCGCUAUCACGAAUGUCGAGACUAGCGUUACGGAUAUUUGCAAACGGGAGGGUAUCUUAUUCACUGUUAACCCAAGGCCGAAGAGAGACCAGACUACUGGUAUCAAGGUCACCGCAAUCUUUGGCAACUAUAACGAUGAAGACACCUUGAUACCUCGCCAGGAGCUAGUUGCGCACCUGCAAGAAGCGAUCGCUGCGCAGAAGCGUGCAGAUUCGGCAACAAGUGGAGCGACCACAUUCUUCGAAGGGAAGAACCUGUUGGCCAAUAAAGAGACUACGACAUUGGACCUUCAAGCUGUAUUACCAGCCGAGACCGUGAAGAAAACACUACGACGAAACAAGCUUAUUGUUCAGGAUAAAGCCCAUGAGCUUGGAACGAAGAUCCACCGAGCUUUUAUGAGCAAUAUGCCCAUGAUCGUAGUCGACAUCCCUCCCGCUACGCUCGUUGCCCUCACCAGGACUAACGCGUGGAUUACCAACGACGAGGCAUGGAAAUCGAUUUCACCUGGGUUCAACAACCACACAUAUGCUCAACAAGUACGUGACGCUGUCGUCAAGAGGAAGGAGGAUGGAUUCCCGUUCAUCCUUUUGUAUGCCUCACGUGAAGAACGGGCUUUGCUUCUUCAGUUGUCCUAAUUUCUUUCUAAUUUCUGUAAUAUUUUUCUGGGAAUUUUGGU